AAAAUCAAGGACCAUCGCGUGUUCAAACAUCCCAAGAAGAAGCUCAGGAAGGCCGUCAGCGUCAUCCCUGUGCUGCCGGAUAUCAAGAAUGCUCAGCGCGCGCACACGUUGGUGGUGUUCCCCAGCGAACCCUCGAAGACUCAGGGAGAUAUACUGCGUAUGGAGAGAGAGUACGGCAAUGUGGCUGUAACACCGAAAGUGGAGGAGGAGAAGAAGAGG